UUAUAAUCUCAUCUGGCAACCGUGGACUAUACAUCAGGGAGAACCUUGGACAGAAAGUUCUCAUUGCAUCUUGGCUUCAUCGUUAAUAAUCGCAUGUAAACAAACAGUAUUCACUAUAUCAAUUAUUAUAGAUUUGUCGAAAUAAUUACUAGAAAUGAGCUUGUGAUAAUCUGAACGCGAAAUUAUGGACAAGUUGGUUCAAAAGUGUCUUGUGCCGGGUUGCGACUCAAUGACAGACAACGCUCAAGUUAAUUUCUUCGAUUUUCCAACCACGGACCGUGAGCAAAUUCGAGUAUGGAAUAAAGCUCUUGGUUAUCGAGCAAAUUGCAAACAUAUUCCAGAUCCAAAAGUAUGCGAACUCCAUUUCGAAGAGUUUGAAAUUGAUAAAAGCUCAUCUACAGUGCAGUUGGUAGCGAAUGCGAUUCCUAGUAUAGGGGUCAUUAGCGCUGUUAAAUCCGGAAAUGAGUCGGCCACUCCAGUAACAUCUGCGAUGGGUGCUGCUCCAAGCUACUGUCGUCUAUGUGCAAAAAUGGAGCGCACACCAUUGAAGAACAGCAUUGGGAAAAUGAUGAAAUGUAACGAUACUGCUAAACUGUUGCAUAUUUGCCUAGGAUCUGACGGAAACAAUCCAAUGCUUCCCAGCGGAGUAUGUGAUGCUUGUUCGCAUAUGAUGAAGUUUUUGAUUAAAUUCGUCAAAAGUUGUUGCGGGGCGCAGGGAAGGCUUUCAAAAAUUUUUGCCGAGAAGAGUGAGCUCAACGAGACGACUGAAAUUUUGAAAUCAGAAACCGAAUGCAUUGUACAGACAGCCAUAAAGAAAGAAGUAGACGAAUCAGUUAACGAUCUUGCAACAGAUUAUCUAGAGAUUGGCAUAGAAAAAGAGGAAACGCGUGUCACACCUUGCGGCGUUGUAAGCAUCGAUGAUGAGUCCAAACAAGAACAUAAGCAAGAGAACAUUGAUGCGGAUGUAAAAUCAGAACCAGAUGGAUUGGAAUCUGAUUCUGAUUUUGAUGUUCCGAAAAAUAUCCACACUUCGUCACCGUCAAGCAGUGAAUCCGAUACGGAUGAUGAAAAUUAUGAACAGGAAGAUGAUAAAAUGAAUAUUACAAAUGAAUCUACGAUGGUGAAAUCAGAAGAUGAAGAUCUGACCAGCACAGAUCAACCGAAAAAACGCCGUGGGCGCCCAAGGAAACAUGAUUCUCGUUCACCUAGAUGUCCCAGAGUUCCGCGAAAACCUCGAGGAAGUCGCGAUAAAGCUAUGGAAGACAAGCCAGCAUCUUUGUGUAAACAAAUUUGUCAGGUGUGCGGAAAGAUUUUAUCCAGCAGUGCUACAUUCAACGUACAUAUGAUGACGCACACUCAGCAGAAAGACAUUGUUUGUCCGAUCUGUGACAAAAGGUUUUACGUAAAACAACAGUUGAAAAUACACAUCGAGUCAAUUCACGAGAAAAAGGACUUCGUGUGCAACAUUUGCGGUUUGAAGUGCCGUUGGAGAAAGAGUUUACGGCGUCAUAUGCUCCUUCACGAUGAUAAUCCCUAUAAGCAUAAGUGUACCUAUUGCGAUAAGGCGUUUGCACGACCCAAUCAACUGCGUUAUCAUGUGAUGAAGCAUACCGGAGAUCGUGUGUAUUGUGAAAUCUGCGGAGCAGAUUACAGGUUUAACUAUAUGCUAACGCAACACAAAAUACGCAAGCACGGUAUUGUUGUCGAAGGUGUACAGUUAUAUAAACAGAGUGCGAGAAAGAAGAAAACCGACGCUGGAGAGACGAACCAGCGUCGAAAUCGGGCAGGAGCUAACCAGCAGCCGACUAUGGAGCUACAACAACCUCUUGUGACGCCAAUUGCUGCCUCUAUGCAUUCACUUGCGAUGCACGAUUCUGACCGUACUAAUCAAAGCGAUUUAACCCAUGUAUCGGAUUUAGGAAGUCCUGCGACGACUGCAUCUUUUGCCACGAUCGCAUCCCCUGAACCGCCACAUUUUUCAAAUCAUCCGCAUUCUAUUCUGCAACAACAGACACAACAUCAGCAGUUACAGCAUCUUCAGCAAACAUCUCCCAUUCAGUUAGGUGGAUUCAAUGGAGCUGGAAUGAACAUGGCGAUGCCAUCAGGACUAUUAGGAUUCCCUACGAUGGGAAGACAGUAGGCGACACUAGCAAGUUAUGACAUGACUACAUUUAUACGCCAAGUCUCAGAAAAUUAUGUAAUAAAAUAGAAUUGCAUAUUUUAACAAACAAUAAAGACAAAAAAGCUUUCUAUUGUGUUUGCAUCAAAACUAGAUAUAGGACACUAGAAUGAUACCUUCGAAGGAAUCUAUAGUAAGAAACAUCGUUGUUUGUGUUUGAAUGCGUACUAGUCAAAUAAGCACAGUUUAGUAAACGAAUGCUUCGUGUUUUAGUUGAACAUCGUUUUUUGUUCUCAUACGGUAUUUCUUUCCAUCAUAAAACAAUACACAUUUAC